AUAUUGUCGUGUGGCACAUGACAACAAUAAUACGGAAGGAGCAAGAAUCAGCUGACACCAACUCGCGUACAGCGGCACUGUGUUAUCGGUUUAAGCACCUUUCAUCAUGGAGGACCAGGAGAUGCAGCUGAAAGUCAGAAGAGUGACUGAUAAGUUCACGGAGAGCAUGUACGUCCUGGCUAACGAGCCGUCGGUGGCUCUGUACAGACUGCAGGAGCACGUCAGGAGGUCGCUGCCUGAACUGGUGCAGCACAAGACAGACAUGCAGAGCUGGGAGGAGCAGAGUCAAGGAGCCAUCUACAGUGUAGAGUAUGCAUGCAGUGCCGUGAAGAGCAUGACGAACAGUAGCGUGUAUUUCAAAAACAUUGACAGCCUCCUCCGUCAAGCCAUCAGCAUGAAGGAGCAGAUUAGCAACUCUCAAGGACGCAGAAAAAGGACUAUGGACUCAGGAAUGCUGAAGGAAGGGGGAGAAAAGCACAGCUCUGGGAUGUGAUGUGACUUCCUGAGCCGGUGGUGUUGCUGCUACAGUCGCUUGCUCUGCUACCUCUUGAUUGAGUCUGAAGGGGGGUCAUAAGGGCGACACCUCCUCAUCACAAUGGAGUGACUGCCUCCAGUGACCCCCACAGUACAAGCCGCUCAGUGGAACAGCGCACCACAGCACUGCCAGGUUCAGCAUUAGAAACACUUAAGUCAUGGACGCUGCUCAAAGAAUGCAUUGUUCUCUCGGACUCACUGGACGGACCAGAGAGAAAGCAGUCGUGCUGCUUUUGCCUCUGCCGUUGAAAAUCCACUGCACCGCCAAUGUUUUGGACACACUUUCAGGUCUUUGUGAGUUUCUUGUUAAAGGCUAAAGAAAAGAAAAAAAGUACCCUGCAUGCAAAUUAUAAAAACUCAACACACAUACUCAAGGAAAAGAUACAAACGUGUGCUAGAAGGCAAUAACAGGUGCCUCUAACCUGUAUUUAAGGAUUUAAUAUCUGUACACUGCCAGAUUAGCCACGUUCUUGAAGAGAAAAUCCAGAUUCUUACAAAAUAAGAAAAUCUUAUUUUUUAUUCUUUUGUUCUUACCUGCCAAAUAGACAGAAACCCCGAGGCAGAACAGUCCAAUAGCCACAUGUCGUACAGCUCUGCUAUCCAAAAGGAACCAGUCUGCUCUGUGGACACAAAUGUCAUAUGUUCAAUGUUGUUGCUCAGACGUUGAUGUUUACACUUUAAAACUGCUACUGUACUUUUCUCUUCAGUGCAUAAAUGAAGAUGAUUUUAUGCAACACAAUUUCUGUGUUGACAAUUUUUUUUGUUUCAACUCAUUGCACAUUUCUUUUACUAUGCAAUCAGACUUUUCUUGGUCCUUUUUAUUUAUUUCUCCCCUGGUAAGUUUUCACAUCAGAACUUAAAGUCCUAAAACAUUUGAUUGUUGAUUAUUUGGUUAAAUGCUAGAUAUUUUGUGAUGCUCAUUAUUAUUCACAUUUUCUUGGAAUGUCCCCUCUGUCAGUAGGGAGGUCCUGGGGUAUGCUGUUGGAUUUGUAUACUGAUGUGGGAAAGGGCCAGCAAGAGGCUGUGUGCUGGGUGCAUAAUGAGAGGAAGGCUAUUGUUUAGAUGGGAUUCAUAGAGGUUGAGAGGUGGGGGUUGACCAACAACACUGCAGUGCAGGCCUGUGCACUCUGACACACAAGGAAGACCCAUUUAUGCGUCUGAAACUAUGUUUUCUUUUCAUGAAACUUAAAACAGUCAACCCAGAUCCCCGGUGGUUAACAGAGAACAAUUAAAGAAGACUGUGGUCAUGGGCAGACACACUCAACUUAUUAAAUGUUAAUUUCCACUUAUAGCAACAGUUUUUAACAGUGACUGCAUUACCAGAAAAUAGGAACUUAAGUAGGAUGUAAUGCAGUGCAGUGCUGUAGCCUUAAACUUUGUUUUGGUGUUGUUUUUCUCUGCCUUAUAUUGAAAGUUGCAACAUAUUAUUUUGCUUUUCUUAUUUGCUAAGCGGAAAAACCACAAACUACAGCCUCAAAAAUUUUAAUAAAGUUAAAUUAACAUCUUUA